AUGUUUGUUGUCGGACUUACGGGAGGCAUUGCGACGGGAAAGUCUACUGUCACAACUCUUCUGCGCUCGCAUGGUCUUCCUGUCGUGGAUUUGGACGAUAUUUCCCGCGUCGUUGUAGAGAAAGGCACACCGACCCUUGGCAAGCUCGUCUCUGCGUUUGGCAAGGAGAUUUUGAACGAAGAUGGGACGCUGAACCGUGCAGAGCUUGGACGUAUUGUAUUUGGGAAGCCAGAGAAAGUACAGAUUUUGAAUCGUAUCACACACACGGCGAUUCGGCGUCGUAUGGCAUGGUAUCUUUUUCUCUGCUGGAUCACGGGCAGCCGCCGUGUCGUGGUUGAUUCGCCGCUGCUCAUUGAGGCCGGUCUGUGGAAAUGGGUCGGUGAAGUGGUUCUUGUGUACACGACAGAGGAGCAGCAAUUUGCACGCAUGCUCCAUCGGGACCAAUAUGUAAAGCAGCUUACGGUGGAAGAUGCGCGCGCGCGUCUUUCUUCGCAGGUGCCCAUCAUGACCAAGACCGCGUAUGCAGAUGUGAUUUUGGAUAACUCUAUGGAUGCCGUUGGGUUUAGCUCGCCGCUUCUUCGCGACGAGGUUGAGGCCAUGGUGCAGCGCUGGGAUCAGGAGGACCAUGCUUUCUUUGGCACCAUUUCCUGGCUCCUUUGCUGGCUCCUUCCCCCCGUUGGCCUUUUGUGGGGGUUUAUUGUAGUGUGCUUGCACACGCGCAGACUCGACAUACAGCAGCAGCAGCAGGCUUCUUAUGUGAAGGCGUCGAAACGCGAGUAA